AUGGUACCACAUAGUACUCAUCAUGUUGGCAAUGAUGGAGUGAUCGUGAAGGAUGAUGAAGGCCAGCUAUCUUCGACAAUGUUGAUGGAGAGAUUCACAAUGUUGUUCUUGCCAAAGGGUUACCCGCACUCGGUCACCAGCGACUAUGGUUCAUAUCAACGUUGGGUCUUUGUUCAAAACACACUUGGCUCAGUGACCUACAUGCUGAGCACUCAUGCAUUGCUCACGUCGGUUGGAGUCGGACUCUCCACAUCCCUACCCUUUGCCGCCGCCAUCUCCUGGGUACUCAAAGACGGACUAGGUGCGAGUGCCCUAGUCCUAUUCGCCAGCCGCUACAGUACCUCCCUCGACUACGACCUCAAGCGAUUCAAGUUCCGCGGUGACCUCCUCCACAAUCUUGGAGUGUUUAUGGAGGUAUGCACUCCACUCGCCCCAGGCUACUUCUUACCGUUGGCCUCGUUGUCUAAUGUGGCCAAGGGCAUUGCUGGAUUGAUCUAUGGCGCGACAAGGGCAUCACUCAACAAGUCAUUUGCACUAAAGGAGAACUUGGGAGAUAUCACUGCCAAGUAUCAAUCACAGGGUAUGGCAGCAUAUCUGACUGGCAUGGCCAUUGGUACAACAGUUGGAUUGAUGAUGACAUCGAUCAGUAUAUUCACCAACAUGGCAGUAGUAUGCGGAUUGUCCCUAUGUCACAUGGCAUGCAGCUAUCGAUCACUCAAGACCAUCCGUUUCCGCACACUCAACAUCCAGCGAUCGACCAUUCUCAUCCGUCACUGGUUACAAAAUCGCCAAGUACUAAGCAUCGAGGCCGUAAACAAAAUGGAAGACUUUGUGAAGCCAACAUCGAUGGUCGAUCAGAUACAAGUUAACUUUGGAAGCUCGAUUGAACAGGCGUUUGAUUUGAAGGAAGGUCAUAAUGGAGAGCAUAUUAUUGGUGAGAUCAAUGAGGCUGUGAACAAAGGUAAUGGAGAGAGAUACACUUAUGUGGUCAAGCCAAUGGUCGAACGUAAAGAUGGAAAGUUACACUUUCAUGUAUUAUUCAUUGAUACUGGAUCAUCAUCUUCAUCUUCAUCGCCAUCAUCAUCAGCAAUGACAUCGACCAAUGAUAUUAUACAAAGAUUAUUAUUGAAGUCAUACUUCCAUUGUAUAUUACUCAAUGAUGGUGGAGAUGUAAACAACAUUGAUACACUGUAUGGACAAUUCCUAAAUGACCUUCAACAUCCUUCAACAACAACUACAUCGCCAAUCAAUGGUGGUGGCACUCAAUGGAGUCUAAACUUCAUAUUAUAUGAGUACAACGAUCUAAUCAUUAAACUUGAAUAA